AUGGAUUCACUUCUCCAAUUGCAAGCAAUAUCUAGCCUUUUUGCAUUAGCUCUCUUCUAUAUUCUAUGGCUAUCAAGGCCAAAAAACAAGAAGAGCAAUGCCCACAAGCCACCGGAGCCGUCCGGUGGCCUUCCCAUAGUAGGCCACCUCCUUCAGCUGGCGGGGCCCGAUCCCCUCCAUCGAACACUUGGAUCCAUGGCUGAUAAGUAUGGCCCAGUAUUCAUGCUACGGUUCGGAUCACACCGUACACUUAUCGUGAACGGUAGAGAUGUAGCAAAAGAGUGCUUCACAACCAACGAUCAGGCCCUCUCGGCCCGCCCCAAGAGUGCGUUCGGUGAUCAUAUGAGCUACAACUACGCCAUGUUUGGAUUCGCGACGUAUGGGUCGUACUGGCGUGAGGUCCGUAAGAUCGCCACAUCUCAGCUUUUGUCGAACCAACGGCUCAAAUCGCUCAUGCACGUCCGGGCCACCGAGAUCAGCACGUGCAUGGAUGGAUUGUAUGGGUUGUGGAUUGAGAAUGAUCAACGGCCAGUUAAGAUGGACAUGAAGAAGUGGUUGUAUGGUCUCGCAUUCAACAUCCUGGCCAAGAUGAUCAUCGGCAAACGCUUCUUCGGUACAAUCGACGGUGAUGAUGAGGCCGUUCGUGUGCGGCGAGUGAUGCAACAAGUAUCUUAUCUUGGUGGGGUAUUUGUACCGUCCGAUGCGCUUCCGUUCCUUAAGUGGAUGGAUUUGCAAGGGCAUGAGUGGGCCAUGAAACGAACGGCUGGUGAGAUGGACACGAUCAUAUCGAGCUGGCUAGAGGAACACCGUGUGAAGAGGCAGUCUGAUGGGCCCCACAAUGAUCAGGAUUUCAUGGACGUGCUGUUGUCGAUCCUGGAGAGUGCCCAUGUCCCUAGCUAUGAUACUGAUACCAUUAUUAAGGCCACAGUACUGAUGAUUAUUGAAGCUGGAUCGGAGUCCAUGAGCUCUGCACUGAUAUGGACCCUCUCUGUACUAAUGAACAACCGCCACGUGUUAGUAAAGGCCCAAGAAGAGGUGGACCGCCACGUCGGCAGGGACCGACACGUGGACGACUCAGAUGUCAAGAACCUGGUCUACCUCAAUGCCAUCAUCAAGGAAACGCUGCGCCUGUACCCGCCAUCGCCGCUCGGUGUCCCGCACGAGGCCAUGCAAGAUUGCUACAUUGGUGGAUACCAUAUCCCCAAGGGCACACGUGUGAUGGUCAAUAUGUGGAGGCUGCACCGGGACCCACACGUGUGGUCGGACCCACACGAGUUCCAGCCAGAGAGAUUUCUCACCGAUCACAUGGACACGGACUUCAGGGGCCAGCAUUUCGAGUUUAUGCCGUUCGGAUACGGCCGUCGAUCUUGCCCAGGAAUGCCACUCGCACUCCCGACCGUUCACUUGACACUCGCUCGUCUCAUCCAUUGCUUUGAGUGGGCCACAACAGAUGGUGGGCCUGUGGAUAUGACGGAGACGUUACAGACUACUCUCACCAGAUCAGAACCGUUGGAGCUCGUAUUCACCCCCCGACUCUCUCCUGAGCUCUACAAGCACUAG